GUUUGGAGGGCCCUCAAGGAGUUCUCUCUGAGCUUCCCAGGGGCUCAAAGGUGGUGCACUCUGCUUUGAGCCAAGUUCAGGGCACCCUCGGGGCUGUGUAGGGGAUGGCAAGAGAGAACGAUGGAUCCAGAAGCAGGUCAACCCCUGAGGGCAGCGUGUUUGAAGAGGAGUCAGCUGACUAUCAACUCAUGUUCAAACGCUUCAAAGAAAAUAAGGUGGAAAUCGCAAGCGCCAUCACAAAGCCAUUUCCUUUCCUUAUGAGUCUUCGAGACCGUGGAUUCCUCUCUGAGCAGAAGUUCCAGAAUUUUAAAGGAAGUUGUCAGAACCUGAUCCCAGUGGAAAGAGUGGUGUAUGACAUCCUCAGUGACCUACAGAACAAUUUUAGCCUGGCACUUCUGGAAGUGAUCUUCAGCCCAACGCAUCUGAAGGCCUACCCAGACUUACAGGAGAUUCUAAGAGUCAUCCUAAAUGUUUCCAACAAUCACAGGGCUCUUCAGAGGAUAAAUGGAAGACAUGCUGAAGACAGGCCCAGACUGCCAGCAGUUGUUAGGGAAGCAUCCUGUAGUGUCGGAAAUUCCCCAAUGAAUGGUGAACAGGCAGAGGAGGUGCCUAACCUACCACAAUGCAACGGAGGAGAGGGAAGUAGUUCUUAUGAACAAAUGUUGGAUGAACAAGAGCCCCAGGGUGACUUAUCCUCAUCACCACAGAGAUGUGAACCAGGAGCAGAGCAAUCCACAAGUGAAAAUGAGAUGUGUCCCUGUGUCAUGUGUUCCCCAGCAUACAAGCCAGAAGACCGGGAAGCAAGGAUGGGAAACAACCAAACAGAUACCUUGGAGACUAGGAACAACACUAAAGCAGGAAAAUCCAAGGGGAAAAGAAGAAAAAAGAGAGGCCACAACUGGUCAAAAGCAAAACAGAGAACUGCACUGGCAAAAAAUUACAGAGGAGCUGGUGGCCAGGCAGCUGUCAGGAGAAGGCAAAGGAAAAGCAAUCCAGAAGGCUCUGCCAGGACUGUCAGGCGCAGGGGUCCAAGAAAGCCCAGAACACAAAAUGCAGACUUCAGUGCUGCCUUGCUUCCUGUGACAUGUGGUACUGUGAAGGGAGUGUUACACAAGGAAAAAUUCAAGCAAGGGAUAUCUGUGAAGUCCAUACAGAGUGAAGAUGGGGACUGGUACACACCCAUUGAAUUUGAAAUCUUGGGAGGCUUUGGAAGAUCUAAGAACUGGAAAUUGAGUCUGCGCUGCUACAAUUGGCCCCUGAAAUCGCUGAUCCAGAAAGACUUUCUACCCAAUUAUCCACGAAAAUAUGGCAAGAGAAAAAAGAAGAACACACAGAAUCUGUACAGUUCCCCAGCUAAUGCAUGUAUGCAGAACUCAGAUGAAUGUGAGGUGUGCCAGGAUGUAGGAAUACUCUUCUGCUGUGAUACUUGCUCCAGAGCCUUCCAUGAGGAGUGCCACAUCCCAACAGUGGAGGCUGAGAUAACACCGUGGAGUUGCAUCUUCUGUAGGAUACAGUCCUUAGAAAGCCAACAGAGUCUUCCAGAAUCUGAGGUACUGCAGAGGCAGAUGGUUGCCCAGGAACAGCUGAAGUGUGAGUUUGUCCUAUUGAGCAUCUAUUGCUGUUCUGAGAGCUCCUUUUUUUCCAAGAUUCCAUAUUACUAUUAUUUUAGAGAGACGCCUGUGGGUGUGAAGAAGAUGAUGUGGUUGGACUUGAUCAAGAAAAAGCUGAGAGAGAGAGAUUACUCCCAUGUGGAAGGGUUUGUGCAAGACAUGAGACUCAUCUUCCACAAUCACAGGACCACUUUCAAGGAACCCAAGUUUGGCCAAAUGGGACUUAGAUUGGAGUCUGAGUUUGAGAAGAAUUUCAAGAAAGUGUUUGCUAUUCAGGACUCAAAUGGAAACAGCUGACUGACAAUACAGAUGCUGCUGGUGUCCUGGUACCGUGUCCUUUUCUGGCUGGGUCUUCCCACCUGAAGGAGCAGUGAGAGAUCUCUACUGACUCCAUCAUCCCCAAAGGAUUGCUCUGAAUCACAUGGACCCAGUUGCAACUGGGAGUCACACCUCCUGGCCUUGUGGUCCAUCCCCCUGCCUCCAGCUGCAACCAAGGGUCUGUCCUGGAGCCUGUUCUCCAUUUGGCUUGCCCCCCCCUUCUCCUGUGACACAUAUGUUGCUGCUCUUGUCCCUCCUCCUGAGAGCACAUCAUAAUUAACCACAAGCUUCCAAGCUUAUAUGGUGACACACUCCUGUAAUCCCAGACCUUGGAAGGCUGAGGCAGGGAAUAGCUGUAAGUAUGAUGCCAGCCUGGACUACAUAGUGAGUUUCAACUACUCUGGGUUAUAAAGUAAGAUCCUGGUUCAAGAGCAGACAAUUCACCAAAUAAGACAAGAAAGGCCUCAAUCAACUCUGGGUUUUUCUCUAGGAGCCUCAUCCUAAGAUGACAGUUCUAGAAGCAAAGCCUCAGGGGUGGGAUUCUAGAGUUGGGUCACUGUCCAGCCAAAAGGUGAUUGGUGGUGUGAAUAGGCCCUCAGGUGUUAAGACAAAGAGCUCCCACUUUAAGGAUGAUGGGAUUGGUGGCUGUUGGUACUUGGUGCUAAUAGAUUGACAGCAGUUAUUGACAGGCUUAGAUGUAGAAUCCCAAGUAUUAUGGAAAGAGACACCCAGUCCUGCAGCUGUGUUUUCAGAUAGCAGCAAAGGCUCUAGGCCUUUACACUCAGAAAGACAGAACUCCAGGGAAGACUGGAGUCAAGUUAGGAAGUCUCUUGUGCCAAAGUCAGGGUCCUGAAAGUCUGACUGGGGGAUUGAAAUAGUUAUUUGGAGAACUGUGAACUUGUUUCCCUUGAACCUACUUGCCUAUGAAAGAAUCCCUUCACUCUUUCUUAGAAGAAAGAGCUACCUUGUUGCAUGAAUUAUAAGAGACACAGAGAGCUGGGCGGCGGUGGUGCACGCCUUUAAUCCCAGCACUCGGGAG